AUGAGCUCUACCGAACGCGAGAUCAUCUCUUUCAGCGAGAUACCGACCCGUCGUUCUUCCCAUGACGUGAUUUCGUCAGAGAUAGAGCAACCCUCGCUGCCCCCCGCAGAUGGAGGCAAAGCUGCCUGGCAACUCCUCGCAUCAUGCUGUCUCAUUCAGCUACCAGUCUGGGGAUUCUCGACUGUUUUCGGUAUUUUCCAGGAAUACUACAGCACGCAUGAUGUCUUACAGGGCAAUAAAGGCGACCUUGCUACUGUGGGAACUACAUCAACUGGUCUUCUGUACCUCUUAUCACCUGUGACAUUUACCCUUUUGACGCGGUAUCCACACCUUCAAGCUUGGUGCAUUCCGACAGGACUAUGUAUCACCGUGAUCGGCUCGCUUCUAUCGUCCUUCUCGCGGCAGGUAUGGCAUCUCAUUGCGACUCAGGGUAUCAUGUGCGCCAUCGGCAAUGCGCUCAUGUUUAGUCCCUCGUCUCUGUUUAUGGACCAAUGGUUCAUCCAGAAAAAAGGGCUUGCCCUCGGUAUCAUGUGGGCUGCCAAGAGCGUAACUGGCGUUACAUUGCCCUUUGCGGCGAAUGCUUGUUUACGCAAAUUCGGUUCUAGCACUACCUUCAGAGCUUGGACUGUCACUACGUUGCUUACUACCCUAGUAUCUUUGCCGUUCAUGAAGCCUCGAAUCCCUGUCUCGCCUUCUGCAUCAGCCCGGCGUUUGGAUCUCAGGUUCCUCCGCCUGGCCGCCUUCUGGACGCUCCAGGCAGGCAAUAUCAUCCAAAGCUUUGGAUAUUUCUUACCGUCCACGUAUCUGCCAUCUUAUUCGACCACCACAGUUGGUCUGUCAAGAACGAUGGGCACAAUGCUAGUCUCGCUCUUCAACGCGACUUCCAUUGUCGGUGGUAUCUGCAUGGGAAUGCUUUGUGAUCGUUUCGCAGUGUCGAAUAUUCUGCUUUUCUCCUCGAUAGGCUCAGCACUAUCCGUGUUCCUUCUAUGGGGCAUGGCAUCAUCUCCGGAGUCUGAUUCGCCUCAGACGGCUAUUGCUUUGCUCACCCUAUUCUCCAUCUUCUAUGGAUUCUUCGCGGGUGGUUUCAGUUCCACUUGGUCGGGUGCGAUCAAACAAAUCAAGCGCGACUCUUCCACCUCCUUGGAGACAGGCUUAGUCUUUGGUUUGCUGGCGGGAGGGCGGGGAAUUGGCAAUGUCAUCAGUGGUCCGCUAAGCACGGCACUAAUCAAGCAGGGAUCGCUGAGUGGCUCGCAAACCAACAACGCUGGAACUGGCUUUAGCACUCAAUAUGGGACUUUGAUUCUCUUCACUGGUAUCACGGCAGUUUUCGGAGCUUGGAGCUGGAUGUGGGGUUAUAUCAGCUCUGGCGUGCGCUGUGUGAGUUGCUGAGAGCAGGUUGUAUGUUUGACUGCAGGACAUGACGUUGGUUUUCUGGGUUUUCGACUCAUUCCAGGAUUAUUGUUGGUUUGAAGAUGAAAUAAAAUCCCUGCUUGAUUAGCGCCGUGCUCAGCGGACCACUGAUGAUCUCCAAUCAUGUCUUUCCCGGAGGCACAUUGGGCUCCCGGCCUCCACUGGAGGGUCCUCCACCUUCGGUAUUUCCCAUGGAGUAGACAAUCUGACAAGGUUGACAAUGCCUACAAUUCGCUGUUGGACGAAUAUGUCCCCGUUAUCAUUGACCCUCGCCACGGCCGUAAUGAAUAUAUUAGUCGUCAUUAAUGCACCCCAUGAGAUCCUCCCGGACGUCAGGAAUUUCG